AUGGACCAGGAUGAGCCGACUACGUACGCGCAAGCAAUCAGCUGCCCUGACAAGGAGGAAUGGAUUGCGGCAAUGGAUGCUGAGUACGAGUCGUUGGUGUCGAACGAUGCAUGGGAGUUUGUAAACCCGUCGCCUGCUUGCAACAUUGUUGGUAGCAAGUGGGUGUACAACAGGAAGUUGGAUGCGAACGGCAAGUUCGAGAGAAUGAAGGCCAAACUCCUGGCGCAUGGAUGCAGCCGGCGUUUUGGAGGAAAUAUUUACCCCAGUGGCGAUGCGUUCUACCUUCCGAGCUGCUGUUCAUCGGGCGAUAUCGAUCUGCAAUACUAUGCGUCGGAAUACAUGCUUGCGGAUAUCUUGACCAAGCCGCUAGGGUUAACCAAGGUCAAGAGGUUCGGUGAAAAGAUGGGAUUCUCAACCAUGCUGAUCGAGGAAUAG